GGGAGCGCGCGGCGGGCGGCCGGGCUGGCGGCGAGGCGCGCGGGCUCGCGGAGUUGUGGCGCGAGGUUCCCGGCCGUGGUCCGCGUGGGCACCUACUGUCCCCGGGAGGGGCUCCCGCUGGAAGUACUCUGCUACUUCAGGAUGGGAUACUGGCUGCCACCCCACUUCCUGUGAACAAGCCAGCAUCUGAGUUGUCUGUGGGGAUGCCUAUCAAUCACCACAAGUCAGACUCUUUGGAGAUGGACUCUGACAUGUCACCCAGCUGCCGACUCAGUGACUUGAGCAGAGGAGGGAGUUUGGAGAGCCGGAGCAGCAGUUCUCGCUCCAGAAGUUUCACUUUGGAUGACGAAAGCCUCAAGUACCUCACCCAUGAGGAAAAAGAUGUCAUCCUAUUCUUUGAAGAGACUCUGGAUUCCCUGGAAGAUGACUUUGAGGAGCCAGUCCUGUGCGACAGUGGCAUUCAUUGCCAGUCUCCACAGUCUCUGGAAGACAGCCCAUGCAGUCACUCUGAGCCUGAAGAUGUCAUUGAUUUAGUGCAGCCUGGACCUGCAGCUGGGGAAAUGGGGUGCCUUCCAGACAUGUCUCAGAUAGCAGGGGCUGGACCUGUUGGGACAGAGGACGAUCCCAUCCCUGAAGGCAGGAAACACAAUGCUGAGAAGUCCCCGCCAUCAGGCUCCACAGUUCCAGAGACCAUUUCCUUGCCCCCACUGUCCCCAUCUAGUGCCCCAGCCCAUCUUAGGAAGGAGCUCCUCCCUCCUCCUCCAGCAGAGCACCCAAAGCUCCUGCGCUCUGUCCCCACUCCUCUUGUGAUUGCUCAGAAAAUUUCUGAGAGGUUAGCAGAAAAUGAAGCUCUAUCCCCCACAUCCUCCUCCAAAGAAAGUAGGCCAGGAGAUUGGAAGAUACUUGCUUCUCUUCCUUCUCGGAAUGGGGACCACUUCCUGUGGCACAGACAUACAGCACAGUCCCCACCUAAGAUUCAUCGCUUCCCCAGCAACAUCAGUGUGACCAACAGCUCAGGGAAGGAAUUCAAUAAGACAAUCUCGAAGGCAGCUGUCAAUGUGCAGGAGCGGAAAGCCCAGGUCCUGGCAAACAUCAAUGGCGUCUCCUUCCUCACCCCAGGAGACACAGAAGACCGGUCACAGAAGAGUGACCUCACGGAGCAGAGGAGUGUCUCUCCAGAUCAGACAGCACAUUCCCAGAACACCCUAGGCCUGGCCACUGAGGCUGCAGGCCCCCAAGCAGCAGGGCUGUCCAGUGGUCAGCAGUCUAGGGGCGUGCAGACAGAACAGCCCCCAGCACUGGCCAAUGGCUUCCAGAGCAUCCACGAGGCCCUCAGAAGUGAGCCUAGUAGCUUCAUGUCCACUGGAAAGACCAUCACCUUCCGCCCAGACCCCACUCUUGCCAGCAGACUGGCACGCCAGAAUGCCAGCAGAAGCACCUAUGCAUCCCAACAGCCAGACUGCAACCAGGAUGCCAGGAGGCGGGGGGGCUCUCUCCCCAGGGCAGUGGGCUUCAGACCCCAGGGCAUCACUGUGCAGUUCGCUGGCCGGGGCUCCACAGAGGAAGCCCGGCGGGAGGCCCUCCGUAAGCUUGGGUUGCUUAAGGAAAAUGUAUGAAGCUGUCGACUGGCAGAAUGACUGAAAUGUACCUGCUUUUCCCCUCCAUAAAGAAAGGAUGAAAUGAAACACUAUUAUUGGUGUAGGGUUGUAUCUCAUACUGUAAAUCCAGGAGCUGGUUGGUAUAAAAUGCACACGCCUUCAUCCCAAAUGCUGUGCCCAGUGCAGGAAAGAGCCCAGUGGCUGGCAUCAGGAAUCCCACAACUGAGCAGGUCCUCUUCUGUGAAAGAGAAACCAUGCCAUAUCUUACCAUAUUUCUCAAAGGUCCCAGAGAGACAGAAUAAUCUUAAACACCUGUUUGCUUCCACAAUUUGUUAAUGCUGUAUGAUUCAGGAAGAGAGAGAGAGUACCUGAUUGGUCAUUCUUGAGUCUUUGCUCAGACUUCUAUCCCAAGUACAUUACAUGAAAGCCAUUUUAGAUUGUACUCAGAAUUUUUCCCCCUUGUUUUCUACAAAAGUAAAAGAGAAAUGCUUGUUAAAUUUUUAUAGUGUCAUGAUACUUGUUUGGCUUUUUGUUUUUGAAGGCUGAAAGAUGGUAUUUUGCCCCUAGAUAUUUCUUGAUAUAAUUUGGUUUGCUUGGUAUUUUAAUUGAAAAAUUAAAAUGAAACUUUAGAGUAUCAUUUACUGUAAUUUUGAAUUAUGAAAGUAAAGUUAUGAGUUGAGAAAAAGUGGUAAUUUGGAGAAAGCAAGUCUCAUCAGAUUCCAAAACCUGUUUUCCUAGACCAUGUAUAUGAGUCUGUGGUGUGUAUAUAUGUACAUAAUGUGUUAACAUACACAGAGGUAUUGUAUGUUUGAUGUGCAUGUUAUUACAUACAUAUAUAAACUUCUGAAAACCUUAUUAAAUAACUACAGGAUAUGAGCACUUCCUAUUCUCCUGAUACAGUCAUCUCAGCACUGUGAUGAAUAACAUAAGAAAUUACUUCCUAAUAAGGAAGUCUUUAAGGCCACAGGUAUGUGCAAACAUGGUUUUUCCUUAACAGUGUAUUCUGUUCCCAAUUAAAGUAAUAUUCCCUGAUUCCAAAUAAGCCAGGUUUCUUUUCCUUUUUUAAUGAAGAACACUUUUAAAAACUGAUCUUUGUUUUGUUUAUCACCUAACUUUCGUUUUGUGUAUUCCAGGGUAACUAGGAAACAAAAGAUUCUCAAAAGAUCCUUUGUUGAUUUUGUUUCAUGAGUGACAUUUCAGAAUUAAUUUAAAAGGGGAAAACAGUAAACUAGGUAAAAAGCAUGAAAAGAACUGGUUCAUUUCCCAGACUGUGUCCUACGUGCUAAGUUGUGACCACAAGCAUUAUCAUCAAAAUUGUUUAAAUCUGGAGUCUUACACCUCUAAAAAUAGAUGAGGAAGGACCAUCCUGAGCAGUCACACUUUUGUUGUAUGUCCUGCCAGCACCAUAAAUGUUUCUUUCCUGUUGAGUAUGACUUAAACUCAGAUUAAAAUGUACUGUGAAGGGCAUUUUGUUCAUAGUAUUCUACUUGCCUUGUAAGUUACACACAAAAAAAAUGAUUAUGGUUUUUUUCCCUUUGAAGCACAGUAUUUAGUGUCUCAUCCAGUUCAUGUUUUUAUGAAAUAAUCUCAGAUUCUUAAUGAUCUUAAGUAGGUGCUUUGAUCUUUUUAUUCCAGUUGGUUGGAUUUGUUUAAAGGAUUCAUGAGUUUCCUUUUUACAAAGUGAGAUGCCAUAUACAGUGUUUAAUAGUUGAAGGUCUUGGUAGAGCUAAUAUUUUAAACAUCCUUUAUAUAAGGAUUAUUUUUACCUUACCCUAGGAUUUCAUUAUGAUAGGUAAACUUGACUGUAUAUUAGUGCAUUUGUUCUUCUAGUGACAUUUUUGAAAAUAAGUUUAGUUUUAUCUUACAUAUAAGCAACUUUGAUUUUGACAUGUACAGUGUCUUUAUUUUCUUUUAAAUGGUUAUCUUUUCUAUUUAUUCAUAAUUCUAUUUAUUCAUAAUUAUACUAUUACUCAAGUCAUUUCUUAUCCCCAUAAUCUUUGUGAUCAAAAUUUUCUAAGAGCUUCAAAGGACAGUUGCUAGUGACAUAACCUGUAUGUGUACAUAACAUGUUAACAAAAAAAUCUAGUUUGCCAAGAGGCAUUAGUUUUCUUGCCACAACUAUGUGCUGUUACAUUCAUAAAGGCCGUCAGGUUCAAGGUAAUUUGAAGGACCUUUUUUUUUGGUACUGGGGAUCGAACUCACGAGUGUGUGCUUACAAGGCAGGCACUUAUACUGCUGAGCUAAAUCCCCGGCUACAGGACCAUAUUUCAAAGCAAGAUUGUAAUGAAAAGGAAGAUAAAUCUGAAAUGUACAUUUUUUUAAGUGAUACUUGUAAGCCAUUCUCUAUAAAGUUUUUUAAUGUUUGAAAAACAGAAAAAAAUCUCCAUUGUUUUUAUGAGGGUAUAUAAAUGCCCAAACAAGAAUCUUAAAACAAGCAAACUGCACUACUUUGCAGGUAUCAAGAUGAGAGCAUUCACACCAGUUCUCUCCCCCUCAUCAUCCUUUCUUUGACAUUUGGUUCCCAGUGUACAUACUCAUCUUCACAAAAUUGACAGAAUUUUUUUUCUUUGUUCCUCCCUGCUGAAGUGCACAUUUUUCUGUAACGCUGUUUGUAGAGCCACAGGAGAUUUGAGGAUGCCACCUACCAGGACCUUUGAGGGCACUGCUGUCCACAGUGUUUAACCAGAGAGCCCUCUGCUCUGCUUCUUGAUCUGAGGCAAAGCCACUGAAGGACAGGCAGUAGCCAGAGCUCAGUGCCUGAGCUGUGUUCCUACUUUUUGCCCCUCUUGGACUGUACAAGCUGACUUCAAUUGUAUAGGGUUCUUUCUUCAAAUCUAGUGAGUAGCUCCCAUAGUAGGAUCCCCCCAUUGAGAAAUAGCUUUCAUGAAAAACUUAAUAGAAUUGAUAAAUGAGGCCUGUGGAACACUGCAUUGACCUUUUCAUUAAAAAAAAAAAAAAAAAUCAGUCUUGCAGAGUUCUCACCCAUCAUGCCUGAAACUUUGGGUCUAGAUGCCAGGCAGGGAGGAAAUCAGUAGUUAAUUCUUUUUAACCUCAACAGCUCUAACAGUGAGGAUUUGACCUUUCAGAGAAUUCAGUAAUGGUUUUUUUUUUUUUUUAUUUAGGUGAUCUAAGAAAUCAGCUCUUAGCAACGUAUGGCAGUGUGUGUCUAUAAUCACAACACUUAAAGGCCCAGGUAGACAGAUUGCAAGUUUGAGCCCAAUCUGGGUGAUUUAGACCCUGUCUCAAAAUUAAAAAGGGCUAAGGAUGUUAGGACUGAAGGCGUUGCGUUCAAUCCCCAGUACUACAAAAAUAAAAUCCAUUCUUUAAUGGAGAGAGAAAUAAAUGUGACAAGUUUUAUCAAGAAAUGUGUACCUUCUGUGUUGCUGAUGUUUUCCAAAUAAUAUAUGAGAGCAUUGUUUCUCUUCGGGUGUAUUCUGUCUUUUUAACAUGACAAGAUCAAUAAAUUUUUUUUUUUUUGCCUCUAAA